AUGAAGGCCUCAUUGCUGGCAUUGCUGUUGCCGGCGGCGGCAAGCGCCCGUUUCAUCGAGGCGAACGAGAUAAACCGUGUCAUUCCUUUCCCAGAUGGGCUACUCGACGAAGCCGCCGAGCAAUCGGUCGAGAAAUUCUUGAUUGAGACCGCCCCCGGCGAGACGAGAUGGGUCACUGAAGACCAGAAAUGGGAGCUGCGACGGAAUGGCCAGGAAUUCAUGGAUAUUACCGACCACGGCGACCUCGGAUCCUACCACGUCAAGACCGCUGCGAAGCCCAUCUUCCCAUCGAAAGUGAAGCUCCAAUCCGAGGUCAAGCCUCUUCUGAAGAACUUGACCAAGUCGUUCCUUCAGGAGCACCUGGAGAAGUUCACCAGCUUCCGCACCCGCUACUACAAGUCCGACUACGGCCGACAGUCGUCCGAAUGGUUGUUGAAGACGGUGCAGGACACCAUCAAGGAUGCAGGCGCCGAUGAAUAUGGUGUGACCGCGAAACACUUCAAACACCCAUGGGACCAAAACUCCAUCAUUGCCACCAUUCCUGGUCAGUCCAACGAGACCAUCGUGAUCGGUGCCCACCAGGACUCGAUCAACCUGUGGCUGCCCUCUCUACUCCCCGCGCCCGGCGCCGACGACGAUGGCAGUGGCACCGUGACUAUCCUGGAGGCGUUCCGCGUGCUGUUGCAGUCGCAGGAUGUCAUCAAGGGCAAAGCACCCAACACGAUCGAGUUCCACUGGUAUUCGGCCGAGGAGGGCGGCCUGCUCGGCAGCCAGGCCAUCUUCUCAGACUAUGAGAAGAAGGGCCGCAUCGUCAAAGCUAUGUUGCAGCAGGACAUGACCGGCUUCGUCCAGGGCACCCUCGACGCUGGCAAGCCCGAGAGCGUCGGCGUCAUCACGGAUUUCGUCGACCCUGGCUUGACGGCCUUCAUCAAGAAGGUGAUUGAGGCUUACUGCGAGAUUCCCUGGGUCGAGACCAAGUGCGGAUAUGCUUGCUCAGAUCAUGCCUCUGCCUCCAAGGCUGGAUACCCCUCUGCUUUUGUCAUCGAGUCUGCCUUUGGUGACUCGGACAAGCAUAUCCAUGGCACUGAUGACUUGAUCGACUACCUCUCGUUCGACCACAUGCUUCAACAUGCACGUAUGACUCUCGGUCUUGUUUACGAGCUAGGCUUCACCGACUUUGCAAAGCUUGAGAACAAGGCGAACAUGGGCGAACUGUGA